AUGGAUACUUCAGCUACACUGAACGAGGAGGAGCAUAAUCCUUCAUCAACAACAGCAUCUCCAGUGUCAAAUGAAGAGACACAAGUGUCUUCGCAACCAACACCACAAAAUAAUCCGCCACGGCGUUCUGGACGUGCUACGCGUCCGCCCACAUGGACAAAGGACUAUGUUUGUGCAGCUUCAAGUUCUCAAGGAUUCAAACAGUCCAGACAUGAUUACGCCUUAUUCACAUGGACAAAAGAUAUGUCAUCUAUCUAUUUGAUGAUAUAUGUUGAUGACAUACUUAUUAUGGGAAAUUAUGACUCCGCUGUGACAAGUCUCAAGAAAUAUUUGCAUUCCGCUUUCCAUAUUAAAGAUUUGGGACCACCCAAAUACUUCAUUGGCAUUGAGAUAGCUCAUUCAAAGCAAGGAAUCUCACUUAGUCAACGGAAAUUUAUGUUAGAAAUUAUAUCUGAAGCAGGUCUAUCAGAAUGUAAACCAGCAAUUAUUCCUAUUGAGCAGAAUAUUAAAUUGACUACUGCUGAUUAUGAUGUGAGUCUACAAUCUACUGAGGAUGAUUUGUUGCUCAAAGACCCAUUAAGCUAUCAGAGACUGGUUGGGAAACUUAUUUAUCUCACUAUGACUAGACCAAAUAUAUGUUAUGCGGUUCAAACGCUGAGUCAGUUCAUGCAUAGCCCCAAACAGUCUCAUAUGAAUGCCGCAUUAAAAGUUGUGAAAUAUUUGAAGAAAUGCCCAGGACUUGGGAUUCUUCUUUCUCGUGAUUGCAACAUGGAAAUGGCAGCUUACUGUGAUGCUGAUUAUGCGACUUGUCCUAUGAGUCGAAGAUCUAUCACUGGUUUCUGCAUCAAACUUGGAGAAUCGUUACUUUCAUGGAAAACAAAGAAACAGUCCACCGUCUCUCUGUCAUCAGCUGAAGCUGAGUAUCGAUCCAUGGCCAAGACCAUAUGUGAGGUAGUUUGGUUACGAGGCUUACUUCUGGAUCUCGGAGUACAAGUCAAGGGAUCAACCUUAUCGUGA